AUGUCACAAACUGAUAUGAGCCAGUCUGCCGUGAGGAGUCACUGUUGUCAUCAUAUAAAGGGGAGUACCUUGAAUGACACAACAGCCUCCAGCCAACUGGCCAUUGGAAUAACCUUCUUGUUACAGACGGUGCUUGGGAUCUGGGGCAACCUCUCCCUUCUGUACCGUUACCUCUUUCUUUACCACACUCAGUGCAGGUUGAGGGUCACAGAUUGGAUUUGCCAGCACCUGACUAUAGCCAACAUUUUCGUCAUUCUUUCGAAAGGAGUCCCUCAGACAAUUACAACUUUGAGGUUGAAAUAUUUUGCCAGUGAUUUUGCCUGCAAACUCAUUUUGUAUGUUGAGAGAGUGGGCAGGAGUAUGUCCAUUGGCACCACCUGCAUCUUGAGUGUGUUUCAGACCAUCACAAUCAGCCCGAAGAACUCCUGUUGGAAGAAUAUUAAAGUCAAAGCCCCAAAGUACGUUGCCUUCUCCAUUUCCUUCUGCUGGAUCCAGUGCCUGUUUGUAAAUCUCAUUUUUCCCAUGUAUGCAUAUGUUUCUAAAAAAUGGCGCUUCACAAACAUGACAAAUACAAGAGAUUCAGGGUACUGUGCUGCCGCAGAUGCUGAGAAUAUCUCAGGCUCAAUAUAUGCAGCUUUGGUAGUGAUCCCUGAAGUUUCAUUUUCUGCGCUCAUCUUAUGGGCCAGUAGCUCCAUGAUUCUCACCCUGUACAGACACAGUCGGCGAGUCCAGUAUAUUCACAAGGCUAGUGUGUCUCCCAGAACCCCUGCUGAGUCCAAAGCCACCCAAAGCAUCCUGCUCUUGGCGAGCACCUUCAUGUGUUUCCACACCCUGUCCUGCAUCUUUAACAUUCUUCUGGCUAUUUUUCAUAAGCCCAGUUGGUUGUUGGUGUAUACAACUGGCCUGAUUAAUGUGUGUUUUCCCUUUAUCAGCCCCUUUCUGCUCAUGAGCCGUGACUCCAUUCUAUCCAGUCUCUGCUUUCUGUACAUGAAGAACUCAGAAUCCCCUAAUCUUAUCAGAAAAGCGUAA